AUGAGAUCAUUGUACAAAUAGCCUGCAAUUCAUCCAGACCUCUCGCCAUGAACCGCUGGCUGAAUCGCGUUGCCGUCGUCACAGGUGCCAGUUCUGGAAUCGGAGCGGCCUGCUGCCGGGAUCUGGUGGCCAAGGGAAUGGUAGUGGUGGGCCUGGCCAGAAGGGAGCAGCGUCUCCAGGAGCUCAAGGCAGGUCUGCCCGCCGAUCAGGCGUCCCGGUUCCACAGCCGCCCUUGUGAUGUCAGCAAUGAGGAACAGGUUAAGGAGACCUUCGCUUGGAUCGAUCAAACUUUAGGUGGGGCCGAUGUGCUUAUCAAUAAUGCCGGAAUAGUGCGAAAUACCCAAAUUACGGACGAAGGGAACUCUGAGGACUUGCGGGCCAUUCUGGAGACCAAUGUACUGGGCGUGACCUGGUGCACUCGGCAGAUGUUUCAGUCCCUGCAGCGUCGCAAGGUGAACGAUGGUCAUGUGGUGAUCAUCAACAGCGUGGUGGGUCACCAAGUGCCCAUGAUGGAGGGAGUUAACUUUAACAUGUACGCGCCAUCCAAGCACGCGAUCACCGCCUUAACCGAGGUCCUGCGUCAGGAGUUUAUCAAAAAAGGCACAAAGCACAAGAUAACUAGCAUCAGCCCCGGCGUUGUUGAUACGGAAAUCUUCGAAGCUGGCUCAUGGGAUCUACCGAGUGCUAUGCCCAUGUUGAGGUCGGAAGAUAUCGCCGAUGCGGUCUCAUAUUGCAUCCAAACGCCCCCGAAUGUGCAGAUACAUGAGCUCACUAUCAAGCCUGUUGGCGAACUCAUAUGAAGAGCCUUCUGUAUCUCGAUACGGAAAUGAAUAUGCUCACUCCGCAUAAAACAAAUAAACUUUCUA